GGGAGGGGCGGGCGCAGGGCGGCGGUGGGGCCGGCCCCGGGUUCGGGAUCGGCCCCGGGCUCGGGAUGGCGGGGCCGGGGCUGGAGCGGUACCGGCUGGCGCUGCUGGCGGCGCGGGAGGACGUGGGGAACCCCCGGGCUGGGACCGACUGGGCGGUCUUCGGCUAUGAGAAGCACCACGACCUCAAGCUCCUGGAUUCCGGAGCCGGGGGGCCGGAUGAGCUCGCUGGAAAAUUCUCCGCCGGCAGCGUCAUGUACGGGCUGUGCCGGGUCCCCGAUCCCGGCGCUGGCACCCCCCGGAUCGUCCUCAUCACCUGGGUCGGGGAGAAGGUGCCGGAAUCGCAGCGGGCGGAGUGUGCCGGGCACCUGCCGGCCAUCCGGAGCUUCUUCAGGGAGGCCACGGCCCUGGUCAGCGCCCGCCGUCCCGAGGACGUGACGCUGGAGGGGCUGCGCCAGGCGCUGGCACAGCUGGAGCCCCCCGGGCCCCGCGCCCCCAGGAGGGGAACCCUCCCGGACAUCCCGGAGCUGGUGGGAACCAACUACCGCAAGACCAACCCGGCGCUGGAGAUCCAGCGCACCCAGCGCCAUUCCUUCUGGGAACAGGCCGAGCGGGAGGAGCAGCAGCGGAAGGAGGAGGAGCGGCGGCGGGAGCGGGAGCAGCGGCGGCGCUGGGAGCGGGAGCGCCUGGAGGAGGAGCGGCGCGGGGCCGCGGAGCGGGAGCGGCGGCUGCAGGAGCGGGAGCGGCUCAUCGAGGAGCGGCGGCAGGAGCAGGCACGGCUGGACGCGGAGGAGCGGAGGAAGGAGCAGGAGCGAUGGGAGCAGCAGCAGCGGGAACACGAGGCUGCCGCGCGGGAGCGCAGGGGGAGCAGAGGGGGCAGCGGGACGGCGGCCGAAGCCGCCAUCCUCGUCUCGCAGCGCACCCAGAACCCCCGGGAAUUCUUCCUGCAGCGGGAGCGCUCCGGGUCCACGUCCGGCCCCGCCCUGCCCGGCGGCCCCCCCGGAGCCCGCCGGCCGUUCCUGCGGUACCAGCGCAGCCUGACGGAAUCCGCCUUCAUCUUCCGCCGGCCGGAGCCCCCCCGGGCCCCCCCGCCCGGCGCCUCCCGCGGGGCACCGCCCCCCAGCCCGGGCCGACCCCCGCCGCCCCUGCCCCCCAGCCCCGCGGGGACAGGGACCCCACCGUGUGCCACCCUGGGGACCCCCACCAGCCCAGCCCAAGCGGGGUCCCCCCGUGCCACCAGUCCUGUAGGGACAGGGACCCCCCAACGUGCCACCACCGGGACCCCCAUCAGCCCCACGGGGAGUGGGACCCCUCCCUCUGCCACUCUGGGGACCCCCCCGAGCCCAGCCCGAGCAGAGUCCCCCCGUGCCACCAGUCCUGUGGGGACAGGGACCCCCCAGUGUGCCACCACCGGGACCCCCACGAGCCCCAUGGGGAGUGGGACCCCUCCCUCUGUCACCCCAAGGAGCCCCUCAAGCCCUGUGGUGAUGGGGACCCCCAAAUGUGCCACCACUGGGACCCCUCCCAGCCCCAUGGGGACAGGGACCCCUCACUCCAUCACCCUGGGGACCCCCAGCUCUGCCACCACCAGGUCGGGGUCCCCACCCGCCACAUCUGGGCCCCCCUUCAGCCCCCCCAGGAUGGAGGCCCCCCCUGGCCCCCCUGGGUCGGGGUACCCUGACAGCACUUAUGGGGCAGAGCCCUUGCUCCUCCCCAGCACUCCUGGUUUGGGGUCGCCCCCCAGACCCCCCCAGGAUGAGGAGGGCCCCCCUCCGGACACUCCCCCCCUCCCCAGCCCCCCUGGCACCCCCCUGGAUGAGGAGGGGCCCCCUCCGGACACUCCCCCCCUCCCCAGCCCCCCCACAUGGGGGUCUCUGGGGCCGCUGGGUGAGGGGGUCCCCAGCCCACGAGGGGGGUCCCCGAUACCCCCAGAGAGGCCCCCCCCACCCAGGCCCAGCCCCCCCUGCCUGACGCAGGACCCCCGGGACUUGGGGCGCAAUGGAAUUGGGGGGCACGAGUGGGGGGGCUGGGAGGGCCCCUGGGAGCCGGGACCUGCCCCGGGACAGGGGGACGAGCCCGGCGAGAGUCUCGUCCUGCACAAAGGCACACCAGGCUUCGCCCUCCUGCUGGCCCGUGACACCCCCCACCCCCCGCUGCUGGGGGGUCCCAGCCCCCUCACGGAGGACGAGGACCUGUCCCCCCACGCCGUGUAACCGGGGGGCCCAGCACCCCCUUUUUGGGGCACCACAGCCCCCUCCCCACACAUCACCCCCCCAGCACAGCCCCCAACCCUCCACUUGCACCCCAAUGAGCAGCUUGGGGAGGGGGCAGCACCCCUAGCCCCCCUCCUGGUAGCAGCACGGGGGGGGGGCACGGACCCCCCCGCGGGCACAGGGACCCCCCCAAUCACACACAGCAGCUGUUAAAUAAAUUUUAA